CUCUAUUGUCGUAAUUAGGGAAUGCUCCGGCCGGAGGUAGCUCUACAGGGCCAGGGGAAGGUAGAUUUAUCUGAAGUCCGAAGUGUGUUCGUCCCUCACCUUCACCACGACAGAAGGCCCCCGUGUGUUUCGCUAUAACUUCAAGAUUGAUAAAAUGACAUUCACGCUCUCCUCGAAAUCCUCUUUUCUCAUUUUCUGAACAGAACUCUUUAAAAAUGGAUUCUUCGGCACCGAAGUACAAAUUCGGGACUCCGUACAUUCCAAGUUAUAUGGACUUGACCAAUGGACCAGAGCCGUGUGUUGUAUGCGGUGAUGCCGCCACUGGGUACCACUAUAGAUGCAUGACUUGUGAAGGAUGCAAGGGUUUCUUUCGGCGAACUAUUCAAAAGAAAUUGAGUUACUACUGCAAAUGGAGUGAAGAAUGCGUCAUCGAUAAGUUGACAAGAAACCAGUGUCAGCAAUGCAGAUAUAAGAAAUGUAUCAACGUUGGAAUGGCGCCCGACUUGGUGUUGAACGAGUCACAGAGGAGAGCCAAGAGGCGCCUAAUACAGGAGAAUAGAGACAAGCGCUCUAGGGAGGAAAUGUUACGUCAGAGCGGGCUCCUAGUAGCUAGCCAACUCACAGACGGGGAAGAGGAACUAAUCAAGGCGAUAUUGAUUGCCCAUCAGGAUACCACAUACCUCUUCAGGAGAAACUCCACUGAUGAGGAUGGUGAACCAGAUACCAAAAGGACAAAGGCAGAAGAUGAAAGGAGUGCGCUGCAGAACCUUGCUGAGAUCAUGACGCCCUCUAUCGUCAAAGUGGUCGAGUUUGCUAAGAGGGUACCAGGUUUCAAAGAGUUGGAUCAUGAAGACCAGGUCUUGCUUCUAAAGUCUUGUUGUAUGGAGAUCAUGUGCCUGCGAAUUGCGCAGAAAUACGACCCCGAGACGAACAAAUUAAUCCUGUCGACUGGCAUAGCUGUUGACAAGUGCAACCUCAACAACGGCGUGAUGACCGACCUGGUUGAGCCCAUCUUCGACUUUGCCGUGGGGUUGGCGAGGCUGCAACUUACUGAGACCGAGAUGGCACUCCUCGCUGCAGUUUUACUCAUUGCUGGAGAUCGCCAAGGUCUGAAAGAUGCCAAAUCAGUAGAGAUUUUACAAGACACUCUCCUGACUGCCUUUCAACAUUUCAUCAAUGAAAGUCGACCAAAGACACCUGUGCACUGGGCUAAAAUACUCAUGAAGAUAACAGACUUGCGAACCAUCAGUGCUCGCCACGCAGAGAGGGUGUUGUGCAUGAAACUGGACAAGUCCCAGGAGAUCCCACAGAUGUUUCUAGAAAUGUUUGAUGAUUGCAACACGACUCUUUGAUCUCAGUGGUUUGAUGAGGCUAAAUGGGGACAGAGCAAGCGUAGAUCAUACACCUGGUCCCAGUUUCAUAACAGAAAACAGUGAGCAGGGCCCAGUUUUAUAGAACUGCUUAAGCAGAGAAUAUAUUUUGCUAAGCUAAAACAAACAGCAUACCAGUCGCAGAUUGUACACAUGUGAUGUGGUGUUUUAGCUGGUAUUCUUAUUCAAGUAAGCAAACUAUUUAUUUGUAGUUUCUUCUGAAGCAAACUUUUGUUUGUUGUGCUUAGC